CUUAGAAUGGUCUGGACACCUCUGCCGCUCCACUGCCGCUCCAGACCCGCUGCAGGUGGCUGGCAGGCCCUGUGCUUUGAUGGCAGGGCCUUCCACCUCAAGGGAACGGCAGAACUGGCACGGGCUUUGCUGGUGCUUCGUCUCUGCGCCUGGCCCCCCUUGGUCACCCAUGGACUAGCGUUUCAGGCCUGGUCUCAGAGGCUCCUGGGCUCUCGGCUCUCGGGCGCGCUUCUCCGAGCAUCGGUCUACGGGCAGUUUGUGGCUGGGGAGACAGCAGAGGAGGUAAGGGGCUGUGUCCAGCAGCUGGGGGCCCUGGGACUCCAGCCCCUGUUGGCAGUGCCGACCGAAGAGGAACCAGAGUCGGCCACCAAGAACAGUGAGGCCUGGUAUGAGGGGAACCUCAGCACCAUGCUGCGGUGUGUGGACUUGUCACGAGCCCUCGCGGAUGGCCCUGGCCCAGCUAGGAGCAGCCUCAUGCAGCUGAAGAUGACGGCGCUAACUAGCACUCAGCUUUGUAAGGAGCUGUCGGCUUGGAUCCAGAGGCCAGAAGGCUCCUCGGAGCUGAGCCCUGAGAGGCUGGCAGAAGCCAUGGACUCAGGCCAGAACCUCCAGCUCUCCUGCUUCAGCGCCAAGCAGAAUCGGCAUCUGCAGGUCUCCCUCAGACGCUUGCACAGCGUGGCCAAGCACGCCCGGGCCCAGCACGUGAGGCUCCUGGUGGAUGCGGAGUAUACGUUCAUCAACCCUGCACUGUCCCUGCUGGUGGCCGCCCUGGCCUUGCGCUGGAACAGCGCGGAGGAAGGCGGGCCGUGGGUGUGGAACACUUACCAGGCCUAUCUGAAGGACACCCCCAAACGCCUGGAGCGGGAUGCCGAGGCUGCACACCAGGCUGGCCUGGCCUUUGGGGUGAAGCUGGUGCGAGGCGCCUAUCUGGACAAGGAGAGAUCUGUGGCGCGGCUCCAGGGCAGGGAGGACUGUACUCAGCCGGACUACGAGUCCACGAGUCGAAGUUACCGUCGCUGUCUGGAGCUGAUGCUACGCCGCGUGUCCGACCACGGUCCCCUGUGCCACCUCAUGGUGGCCUCCCACAACGAAGAGUCUGUUCACGAGGCAACUAAGCGCAUGUGGGAGCAUGGCAUUCCUCUGGAUGGGCCUGUCUGUUUUGGACAGCUUCUGGGCAUGUGUGACCACGUCUCCCUGGCACUAGGGCAGGCUGGCUAUGUGGUAUAUAAGUCUAUUCCCUACGGCUGCCUGGAGGAAGUGAUCCCCUACCUGAUCCGGAGAGCCCAGGAGAACCGGAGUGUGCUGCAGGGCGCCCGCAGGGAGCAAGCGCUGCUCAGCCAGGAACUGUGGCGGAGGCUGCUGGGAAGGAAAGCCUAAAAGGGUUAAAAGGGUUCCUCC